GAGGGAUUCCAAAAGCAUGUGACAAAGACACGAGACCAAAGGAAAAACUGUUGCUGGAUCUCGUAUGUAUAUAGUGCGCACAUGAAUGAAUCAAUGUUAUGUUUCCGUGUAAAAUGCAACUCCACAUCGUAAUUAACCAAGAUGCUGUUGGAUCGAUAGAAAUUAGUAUCUGAAGACUGAGAAGUAAUAAUGGCUGAUUUUCGGAUUCCGAAAAAAUUCGUAUCUGAUUGGGAACCUAGAAAUUCAAUUCAUGAUCAAAUUCGGAAAGAUUCCGUUUGCAGGCCGCAUAAUCUAGAUUCUGAUAAGCUACCGGAUAUGAAAUGGUGGUUGCAUGUGAAAAGUAACUUGGAGUGUGAGCCAAAUUAUUCCUGCAAGACUGAGGAGCUUGGUGACUUUUAUGCUGAAUUUGUUGGUGGCAAUGUUAAGAAUGGGGAAGAUCAGUCUAUCAUUGAUUUUGACGAUCUUUCUUAUGUUGGAAGUGAUGAUUUAUCGGUAGAUCAGCAGCCACGACAUGUCUCUCCUACGCGUGUAAAGAACAAUAAGAAUACCAGAAUGCGAAGAAUUGAAGCUUCGGUUAACAAUGAUUUGCAUUUUACUCCCAAGAAGAAAGAUCAGAAGGAAUUUGGAUUUUCAGAUGGUCGUUUUAUGGACUGUGAUGUUUCUGAUUUCCCGGUCUCUGAGAAAAUGGCAUCACAUUUGAUGGGAAAUGAGAAACCUGGGCCUUGGUGGCGCACUGCUGGAAAAGAUGAGUUGGCUUCCUUUGUUGCUCAGAAGUCUGUUGAGCGUGUUGAAAAUUGUGAUCUCCCUAAUCCUCAGUCUAAGCAUUUUCGGCAGAUAUUCACAAAGGGUGUUGAUAAUGAUAAGAUUCCACCAUCGUCUUUAAACCAGAAAGCUCAAACUGGUUCUUCCAAUGCCGAUGGUUAUACAUCUGCAACAACGACAUCGUUUUUUCCGGAUUCAAACAGUCAUUUCAGUUCUGGCCAGAGCAAAGAAUCUGGUUCAAGCAACAAAGAUUGUCAAAUCAAUCCUGAGAAUAGCAGCAUUACUGAGUUGUUGGAAGCAUUAUGUCAUUCUCAAACAAGAGCAAGAGAGGCUGAGAAAGCAGCGCAAGAAGCCUACAACGAGAAGGAGCAUAUCGUGAGUCUUUUCUUUAAACAGGCUUCUCAACUCUUUGCAUACAAGCAAUGGUUCUACAUGCUGCAGCUUGAGAACCUAUGUCUUCAGCUCAGAAACAAAAACCAGCCAUUGCUGAAUCUCUUUCCGCACAGGGAAACACAGCCUAAGAAAAAUCGCGGCAGAUCUGAAAAGAGAAAGAUCAAUAGUAACAAAAAAUGUGGGAUCGGAAAAUGUGUUGCUGCUUUGGCAGUUGGUUUAAGCCUUGCUGGUGCAGGUUUGCUUCUUGGUUGGACCAUGGGAUGGAUGUUUCCUUCAUCGUAAAUAAUGACAUCUUGAUUUGAGAAAUUGACUAAUACUGUUUGAGACUUUGAGUGCUUCUGCUAUGCUCUUCUGGAGUUUGAGUUCUAUUAUGUUGAAAUGAUUCAAAACAUGUACAUAUGAUGUUAGCCAUUGGUUCCAUUUUCAUCAUUUGUAAAUAUUCCUUGUUCGUUAAGACUAGUUAGUUGUAUAAAUUUGAAGAUGACAUUUGUGUAGAAAAUGUGCGCAAUGUUGCCAACUGCCAUGCAAGGCUUUGUAUAUAUGCAUGUUUGUCUGAUUAUCCACUG